AUGGUUUAUGUGGCAGUGCCUACUUUUAUAAUUUGGCAAGCAUUUUUGAGAUGUUCUUAUGUUGUGUGUUUUGGUGCAGGAGAUGUUGUUCUACAAAAUGUUAUGAAUGCUACCAAACUUAUGUGGAAUCCUGAUGUGCCUGAGGCUAAUUCAUUUCGUGAUGGGUUGGCAUUGCAUGAUAUUGAUGUUGACCUUCCUAUUGGACAAAUUGAUGAUGGGUUUCGUCGGCUUCCAACUGAUCAAGACUCUGUUUCUCUCUUCCCUAGGAAGAGUAUUGGUGAACUGCACAGUACUGGAGAGGAAGGUAGGUUCACAGUGAUGGCAGAGAUUGUUGGCUUAACUGAUGGAGAGAAGUGGUGGUAUACUUCUUGCCAUUGCCAUAGGUCUGUUACAGCUGAGGAUGGACUAUAUUUUUGCUCUGCUUGCUGUGUCCAUGUAUUUGAAGUUACCCCAAGAUUCAGGGUGAAAUUUGAGGUUUCUGAUGGUGAAGACCUUGCUACAUUUGUGUUGUUUGAUGCUGAUUGUCAAAAUCUGAUUAACAAGACUUGCAAAGAAUUAGUUGUUAGCUCCAAGGCCAGUAAAGCUAUUAUUUUUUUGAUUUUCUACCAUUUAAGUAUACCCAAAAUUACUUUAGCCAAGGACUAAGGCUAUCAAUUCUGAUUUGCAGGGUGUUAUGGGAGAUGGGGAAUAUCCUGCUGAAAUUUGUGGUCUGAUAGGUACAAAGCUGAUUUUCAUUGUUGAAAAGUUAGCUGACCAUGGUUCAAAGUAUGAUCAUUCUUACAAGGUGAAGAGUAUAUGUGCUGAUGAGACUUUAGUGGAAGCUUUUAAUGACAAUGAGAAUGUUCAAACUGCAAACAAUGUUCAAUCAAGUGAUGUUGAAGGAUCAAACUUAACUCCUGAAAAUUCUGACACUAUAACACAGCUUGGCCCCAAUGUUAUUUCUUUGGAUGACAUCUUACCUGGUGAUGGGUCUGCUGUAUAUUCAUCAGUUGGAAGUGGUAGUGGAUUGGAAGCAAGUUCUAGCAAGCCUUCCAAAAAAAUGCGUCUGAGGGGAACGAAAGUGGAAAAGCUGUGAAUGUGAAGUUUAGUUAGUUGCCUUGGUUUUAAUUGGAGCUUCUCAGACUUUUGGCUAAUCAUUUGUGCAUUGUUGGGUUAUUGUGGUGAACCCACCACAUGCACUUUGACUGUGAUCUGAGAAGUAUUUGGAUGUUUUCC